ACUCGCUGCACCCAGCGCUGAAAAAUUUGAAGCAAAAAAAGGUCCCCGCUUUUCUGUCCCAUCCAUCGGCAGCACAAAUCCUAGGGUUUACCGCUCCGCCGGCGAUGUCCGACGCCGUUGAGCUGGAGGGCGCCCGCCGCCUGGCGCUGCUCGCCUUCGCGAAGCUCUCUCAGUACGGGCUCAGCGCGUCCUCUGCUCCUACCGCCGAUCUCCCGCGACUCCUCAGCUGCUGCUUCCAGUUGCUGCGCCGCCUGGACCACGCCGACCUCGACCUAGCCACCAGAUGCGCCGACCAUCUCCGCUCCUUCAUCCACAGCGUCCUCUCCCGCGACCCCGGCCCCUUCCUUCUCCCGGCCCUCGAGGUGUUAUUUGAGAAUCUUGUGGAUGUCAACCAGCUGAGGGGGAGUUACACCAUGCUCGAUGAUGAUGCCACACAGAAAGGGUCGAGGAUCUCUAAAACAUGCCAGUGUGAGUUCCGAAUCAAACUGGAGCUCAUGUCCCACCAUUUCAUUUCAUCUUUGCAAGAUGAGGUGGGAUCUGAGCAGUUUUUGGCCGCACUCGAUUGGUCAGAGAAGGCAACGCAGCGCAUCCCAGAACUUGGCUUGGCUACAGCUCUUUCCCUAGUCCGAAGGAGCUAUUCGUUCUCUAUGCCUGUCAUUGCACAAGCUCAUUUUGUAUUGCUUGCGGCCAGAUGUGUUGCCAAUGGGGAUCUGGACCUGCAUUUGCAAGUGUUUCAGCAUACCAUGAGUGCUUAUUUGAUAUGCUUGCCAUCAUUGGGUGUUUUCGACAGAAAUAAUGCCAUGAAAACCCCGUUCAGUUACUGGGCCAACACGAGACCUCCUAACUCUUUCAUCCCAGACGCGACUAAUCAGAAACUAAACUGUCAGAUCGAUAGGCUGCUUUCUUGCUGCAAGGCGCACUCUGAUGAUGGCCUACACCUCAAAGAGACGGAUGCAUUUGAUAUUUGUGUGAGCUUCAUUGAAGAGAGCCAGCAUAUGUUUCCUGAACAACUGAGGCAGGAAGCUGUCAUUAUUGUCAAGAGAAUAGUGUUAAAUAGCCUUGGUUGUGCUAAGCAGAAGGAGACACAUGGAUUGGAUGCUAAAGUUUCAGAGGAGGUGAUCUACCUCGCUGCUGUACUUAGGCUAAUGGGUUCUUCUUUUCUAGAGAUUCUUAACUGUCUUAGGAAAAUGAGGGUUGAAGAUGGCAUGCAACGUGAGAAAUUUACCGCGCUUUGCAUAGAAACCAUCCGCUUGCUUGGGCAAUAUGAAGCUAAUGGACUUCAUAGAGAUGACUUGUUUGCCAGGUUUGACAAGCCUGUUGACAGGGAAAUGCCCUUGGUGUUGAUGCUUUUUCAUUUUGCUAGUCUGUUAGUCUUUUGUUUGAGAAUGAGGUUUGGUUUUUUGUGGAAAGGUUGCAUUAUCAUGCUGAUGAUGACCAUGAAUCUUGUGAUUGAUCAAGAGAGAAGUCUGAGUGCAUUUCAGUUUCUUAUUGCUUCAAAAGAUUCUGCAACUCCUUCCAUUCACCAAGAGGACAGUUUGAAGGUUUCUGUCCCCAGAAAGUCAAUAGCUUCUCAGUUCAACAAUUUACGUAAACUUCGUGUUGGAGGUGACAGCAGUUUGGGCGCCCCUCAGAGGUGUAAAUCUCGAGACGGAAGAGCCAUUUUCGAGCUCAUUCCAGGAUACAAACAGAACUCUUCAGAGUGGGAUGAUCUUGUGGAUUUUGUUGAAUGCGAUGAAGAUAUGGAUUAUUCAAGUUGGUUUAUGCAGCGGGCCAAAUUCAAGGAGUAUAAGGACACCAAAUGGAAGAGAAGCAAGCGACCCAGCGAGAACUCCUCCAAGAUAAGGGAACUCUGUGCGAAUAAAAGUGAAAGGCGGAAGACCUCACGGUGACUCAUCUGGCUAGAUUCCAUGGAUUGGUCCAAAUAACAGAUUGCGUACUAGUCCUGCCUUGUUGUUUGAAAUGAAACUGUUCUGUGAUGUGAUAUAAGUGAAAGUAUGUCCAUUUACAGAAGUGUAUAUAUGACAGUUGACUGCUGAUCAGGGAUCGUCUUAGCCGUUAAUUUUUUGCGCUGUGCUUUCAUGAAAAGAAAGACAAUUAAGCAAAAUUGUUCUGUGUUUUCA